GGCCGAUGAGACGGAUUUAAGCUAAAUGCACGACCGCACAUAAGUCAACAGUGUACUGUAUUGGUGAUUUUACGUCGAUGUGAUGCAAGGAGCAGGAUCGACGGAAGCAGUAAAUUAGUAGAUAAUGGGGAAACACUCGUAUCUGCUGGAGGAAAGUUCGAAAUGGGAUUCUUUUCUGAUGAUGCUGGGUUACACAAAUAUGUAGGCAUAUGGUAUUAGAAGUUAAGUCCCAGAACUGUUGUAUGGGUUGCUAAUUGGGAUAAUCCGAUUCGGGAAGAUAAUUCCGUCAUCGCCAUUGAAGAUGGUAACCUCAAAGUGUUGAAUUCAAUUAGUGGAAACAAUUAUUUCUCCACAAAAUUAUUAGAUAGUGCUUCUAACAGAACAAUAGAGUUGUUGGACUCAGGGAACUUAGUUUUAGUUGAUGAAUCAGGAGCUGAAAUGUGGCAGAGUUUUCUGAAUCCAACAGAUACAUUCCUUCCAGGUAUGAAAAUGGAUGGUACUAAUUUGAAGUUGACUGAUGGGAACUACACAUUCCAAUUAGAUCAAUCAAGCGACAAAAAAUAUGUUAUAAUUCCAAAGCAGGGUGGAGUUCGCUGGAAAGGGUCUGCGAAACCAGCUACUUCUGGAAAGUUCAGUUUCGUUGAGAUGCCAGCUUAUGUCGCCAACAUGUUGUCCAAUAAUUCAUUGGAAGCGAUAGGAAAAUUCAAUAAGUCUAGGCUCCUAAUGAACUCCUCUGGGGAAAUACAAUUCUACAGUUGGGAUAAGGAGAUCAGUGGAUGGUCUAUGAUGUGGUCAGCGCCAAAUGAUACAUGUGAUGUGUAUAAGUAUUGUGGGAAGUUUAGCAUUUGUAACAGCAAACGUGAUCCCGUAUGCAGAUGUUUGCCCGGGUUUGAGCCCGAUUCUCCAGAGACUUUAAAAGAAGGGAAAUUUUCAGGUGGUUGUUCGAGGAUGCUAGGUAGCUUUUGCAAUGAAGACAAUGUAGAAGCACUUGAUACAUUCUUGGAUCUGAGGUCAAUGAAAUUCGGGAGUCCAGACCGGAUACCCGAUAAGAUUAAUACCCGUGACGACUGCAGGACAUUUUGUCUAGGCAACUGCACGUGCCAGGCUUAUACUUUCGAAAAGUCUAGAUGCGGGAUUUGGUUCUCUAGUCUCAAGAAUCUCCGGGAGAACUACACUGGUGGCUUCAACCUCUCUGUUCGUGUCAGAAUUUCCGAUAUUGAAGCAACAAGGAGAAAUUGCAAGCCUUGUGGCACAAACCUAAUACCCUAUCCAUUAAGCAGUGAACCAUAUUGUGGUGACCCUUUGUAUUAUAGUUUCUCAUGUGAUGAUAUAGCCGGCCAGGUAAGCUUCCACACAUCGAAUGGAAACUAUGCUGUCAUUAACUUUGAUAAGAAUAACCAAACAUUUGUUAUAGAAACAGCCCAUAAAGAAUCUGUUGGUAAUUGUGAUGACAAAGGACCAGUGACAGGAAUUUCUUGGUUCAAUCAGUCAUCACCUUUUACGGUGAUAAGCUGGUGUUACAAUCCUGAAAAGAAUCUUAUUUCGGAGCCUUUAAGUCGAGGGAAAGAUUUAAUAUUGAUCAGUUGGAAACCACCAUUGGAGCCAAUUUGCAAUACUUCAAAAGAUUGCAAUGAUUGGCCAAAUUCUAGUUGCAAUAUAACAAAACAAGGAGAAAGAAGAUGUAUAUGCCAAACUGAGUACAAAUGGAAUGGCUUGAUUUUAAGUUGUUCCUUGAGCUCAGAACUUGGAACACAAGGACCAUUGAUAACGAAGCCGGCAUCCUCACGGAAUCAGAGAGCCCUUGUUAUUUCCAUCUCUGUAGUUCUUGGAGUUACAAUUUUGUGCAGCAUUAGUUAUAUAAUUUACCAGAACAAUAGAAUGGCAAGAAGUAAAGAAGCCAGAGAUAUUGUUUUGGCGAAUCCUAUGGAACACUUGUCUCGUAGAGAAAGUUUUGGUGAAGAUUUGAUCACUGCAGAUGAUAAGAAACAUAUUGACGUUCCAUUUUUCAGCUUGAAUAGCAUACUAGUAGCUACAGACAACUUCUCGAAUGCAGCUAAGCUCGGGCAAGGUGGAUUUGGACCUGUUUAUAAGGGUAAGUUUCUCGAAGGUGCAGUCUUGGCAGUGAAAAGGUUGUCAAAUCAUCCCGGACAAGGUGUUGAAGAAUUUAAAACUGAAGUAAUGUUAAUUGCCAAACUGCAGCACAGAAAUUUAGUCAGGCUUCUAGGCUAUUGUGUUGAGGGAAAUGAAAAGAUCUUACUAUAUGAAUAUAUGGCCAACAAAAGCUUGGAUACAUUUAUAUUUGAUCAUACAUUCUGCCGAUUAUUGGACUGGAGGAUUCGUUUUGAAAUUAUAUUGGGUAUCGCACGAGGACUUCUUUAUCUUCACCAAGACUCAAGGCUGAGGAUUAUUCAUAGAGAUCUUAAGACAAGCAACAUAUUGUUAGAUGAUGAAAUGAAGGCCAAAAUUUCAGAUUUUGGCUUGGCAAGAAUUAUUGAAGGCAAAAGCACAGAAGCUAAUACAACCAGAGUUGUUGGAACUUAUGGCUACAUGUCACCGGAGUAUGCCUUGGAGGGACUCUUUUCAAUCAAGUCCGAUGUAUUUGCCUUCGGAGUGGUAGUGCUUGAAAUCAUAAGUGGGAAGAGAAACAUGGAAUUUUUCGAAGAUGUAAACCUCACCGGUUAUGUAUGGAGACUGUGGAUGAAAGACAGGGCAUUAGACAUGAUGGAUCAAACAAUAGUUGAUUCGUCCGAGGACAAGGAAGUGAUAAAAUGCAUAAAUGUGGCACUUCUAUGUGUGCAAGAAGAUCCAGGUGAUCGUCCUACAAUGUUAAAUGUAGUCCUUAUGCUUGGAGGCGAAAGCAUGACUCUUCCAAGACCAAAUCAACCACAUUUUAUCUCAAGAAGAAAUGAUUUAAUUACAUCUUCUUCCUCUUCUAAGCUCUACAGCACUUUCAACAAAGAGUUGACGAUAGCUCAUGAAGAAGAAGGCCUAUACAUAGAGAUGUAAUGCACGAUGAUUAACUCAACAGUAUUUCAAAAUCAUCUAUAUCUUUCCUUUUAACUCAAUAGUAAAUUUUUCGGUUAACUAUUUUGGCGCACAGAAUAACCCAUUGUAUCUUCCCACAAGAGACAACACCUCGCUGGAAUUCAAAGUUCUAUAUAUUCAUUGACUGAUCAA